AGGCUCCGCAGCAUUCUCGGUCUCCAGAUAGGGACAUGUCCGAGUCAGUUGACUAUCAGAUACCAGCUCGCGGGUUGGCAAUCCGAGGGCCUUCUCCCCGCGUUUUCCCCGUCUCGGGACCCACUCCCGAAUCGUUACCCCGGACCCACGGACUUGAGAUAAUGACAAAGACUGGGGUGUCAAAGGCUGGUUUGGGAGUUGGCUCAAGUCAUGUGCUCGUUUGGAAGACUUUAAUAUGACAUUGACUGUCCCAGCCUGGAGUUCAGAUUUUGAAGAAACACAGGGACUGGUCAGUCAGCUCGUAUUAACUCGUCGAGUCUCUGUCGACGAAAACCCGAUAAUUUGGCGUUUGCCGCAGCAGUGGAGGCAUCAACUUGAACAAUUCAAUUUCAGACAAGUCAACUAUGGACCAAGAAAAGAUGGAACCCGCAGGCUUAGAGGGUCUGUCCCAUCAACAGAGUGCAAAGAUCGGACAGGUCGAAGAUCCAAACAUCCAGCCCGGCCAUGAACUUCACAAGCGUCUCGAAACGCGCCAUGUCACGAUGAUUGCCCUCGGCGGUGCGCUUGGAACAGGGUUACUGAUCGGAACUGGUUCGGCUCUGGUCAAGGCAGGCCCAGCCGGCAUCCUCAUCGACUACUCCAUCGUCGGUUGCAUCGUCUUCCUCGUCAUGGCUGCCCUCGGCGAAAUCAUCUCCUACAUGCCCCUGUCCCACGGCUUCGGCGGCUACGCAACCCGCUUCGUCGACCCAGCCCUCGGUUUCGCGACAGGCUACUCCUACUUCUUCAAGUACCUCCUCGCCACACCCAACCAGCUCUCGGCCUUUGCCCUGAUCAUGAAGUUCUGGGUAGGAGACCGCGUCAACCCGGCCGUCUUCAUCACCAUCGCCCUGGUCCUGAUCCUCCUGAUCAACAGCGUCAGUGUCAAAGCCUUUGGCGAAUUCGAGUUCUGGCUCUCGUCUCUGAAAGUAAUCAUCAUGAUUGGCGUCAUCCUGCUGCUCUUCAUCCUCGCUGUAGGCGGCGGUCCCACCGGCGACCGUCCUGGCUUCAGAUACUGGUCCGAUCCGGGUGCUUUCGCCGAGUACAAGGUCGAGGGUGCGCAGGGUCGUCUUCUCGGAGUCUGGAGCGCUAUGGUAGCCGCCGUGUACGCCUUCUCCGGCACGGAACUCGUCGGCGUCACAGUCGGCGAGGCCAAGAACCCGCGCCUGAGUAUGCCAAAGGCUGUCCGCCUGACCUUUAUGCGCAUCGUCUUCUUCUACGUCAUCUCCGUCUUUCUGCUGGGCAUGGUUGUCCCCUACAACAGCGCCGAGCUCGUCUUCGCAGCCAAGGCCAAGACCAGUGCUGCGGCCUCGCCGUUUGUGGUGGCCAUCACCAUUGCCAAGAUUAAGGGGCUCGAUCACGUCAUCAACGGUUGUCUCGUGGUGUUCGUCUUCUCGGCUGCCAACUCGGACAUUUACAUCUCGUCUCGCACGCUGUACGGUAUCGCCGUCGACGGCAAAGCCCCUCGAAUAUUUUCCAAGACGACUAAAUCCGGAGUGCCUUUUGUGGCGCUGGGUUUGUGUGGUGUCUUCUGCUGUUUGGCGUAUAUGUCUGUUAGCUCCGGUGCAGCAACCGUCUUUGGCUAUCUGACGAAUAUCGUCACGGUCUUUGGUCUACUUACAUGGAUAUCCAUCCUUGUGUCACACAUCUUCUUCUGUCGCGCCCGCACAGCCCAACGGAUUGACGCCGCGUAUAUCCCCUACCGCGCUCCCCUAGGCGCAUGGGGCUCUUACAUUGCUCUCGGCUUUCUCAUCAUCCUGACCUUGACCAAGGGCAUCGAAGUGUUCGUAGGCACUUUUGACUACAAGAACUUUAUCGUUCAGUACAUUGGAAUCCCCGUCUACCUGAUUUGCAUCUUUGGGUACAAAAUCUUCAAGAAGUCUCAUCGCGUACGGGCCGAAACAGCGGAUUUGGUCACAGGCGUACCAGAAGAGACCGUUGCUGAGGAGAGAGCGGCGGUCGAAGCGGAAAGAAGGGAAAAGGAGGUGGCAAUGGGGAAGAAGAGCGCGUUUGCAAAGGUCUAUCGCAAGGGGUUCGCAUGGCUGUUCUAAGAUGAUGUGUAACAUGAGCUUCAAGACCUACUCUGCAUAGUAUGUAUUAAGAAAC